UGGGCGAGUACCAGUGAUAGCGAGCUGCCCAAAAAGAGAAUAAUUGAGCGACAGCGAAUCCAACACACCAGUAUUUUCCUUCAUAGUUGGUCGGCAGCCCACUCCACUACCCGUUCCACCCCAUACCGAAUUCUUUGUCAACGAUUUAUUUUUCGAUUCUUCUUAAUCUGAGCAGACAUAUGUCGAAUUCCACAGCAAAGAUAGGGCAAAUUGGUACUGAGGUGUGUUCGGUGCUUCCUUCAUUAUUGCAAUAAUUCACGCAUAAUCAUAUCAGCCAAUUCAGUUCGUGCAAAUAAACUUCACGGUUAGUGACUGAGUCUAUGAAGGGUUUGUUCAAGGAAGACUUUGACAUGCUUUCAAACUGAAUAUAAUAUUAAAAUCGAUGAUUUGUCAAUAUCGUUUCUGCUUUGUAAUAAGGCGCAAUCGCGUAAGAAACCGCAGUCCAUUAUUAUGUGUAGAUGAAUAAAAAUAAGAGUUCGAUGUGCUUUGAUCAUAUUCUCUUUCUGGGUUGUAUCGACGCUAGGAUACUAAAGACAAUACUAUAUAUUCAUGUUCGUUCAUGCUGUUACUUGUCAACAGCCACCCAAGAAAUCUAAAAUCAGUAGAUGCGACCGCUGGAAUCUGGCAAUUGGCGAAACUUAUCGUAACGCAUGACACCAAUGACAUACGACGUUGAUUUCGCUGCGUUGGGACUUACGAAGGAGCAAUUUGAGGCCUUCAAGACCGCUUUUUCUUCUCUUGACAAAACUCACCGUGGUGUCAUCUCAACUAGACAGUUGGGGGCGCUCUGCUCCCAAUUAGGUGAGACGCUUGAUGACGAAGAACUAGCUGUCGCUACUGCAAGUCUUACCGAUUCACAAUCAGGUCUUAUACACUUCACGACUUUCUUGCCAUGGUGGACCAAAGAGUAAUGGUAGAAAUACGAGCUGUCGUUGAGAAAAUAGCAAUAACUCUGAUCUAAAAUCCCACGU